UUGUUGUCGUUUACAGAGCUGUCUCAGAAGCCGAGAGACAGGUAUUUCAGGGCACCUUAGUAAAGUCUGUGGGGUAAUAGUGAGGUUUAAUGAGCGGCAUUAAAGAAAUAGCUCGGAGCACCUAAAAGUGUCAUAUUAAUGUGUACUUUGACCAGCCGUACCUCCAAGCCCCGCCCACCCGGCUCUGCUGUUUCAUACUCAGUUGUCAUUCCUCCCGCAUGUUGUGUUUCUAUGACUGGAAUGAGUAACGUUAACGGUCAAGCUUGGUCCAGACUUUCUCACCCAGAGCUCUUCUGGUCUAUUACACUCAUGCUUUGAUAGCUGCGGGAUCGAAAUGGCGUCUCGAGCGCUGUACUCGCCUAGGCAUCCAGUGCUGAAGAAGCGGGAUGAUUUUGAAGACGUUCUGGAAGAGAGAAGACGCUCCAGUGAUCUGAGAUAUGCAUUGAGAUGCUACACUCCCACACUCUAUAAAGGACUCGUGCCCUGCAAGGCCAGCAUGCUAAAAAGCAUCGUUCUGCAGUCAGACCACCUGCAGUAUGUCAUUAAACAGGUUUCAUCAGAAUCAGGAGACAGCGCCGAGUGUGUUGCGGAGGAAGCCUCUCUGAUCCUGGAUGAGAUGGCUCACCGUCUGCAGCUCAGCACUAUACGCUUCUUUGCCUUUACGCUCAGCAAAGCCUUCAAGAGACUCUUCCGCAGCGUUUGUGUCAAUGAGGAGGGCAUCCAGAGACUCCAGCAGGCUGUACAGGAACACCCGGUGGUUCUCCUGCCCAGUCACCGUAGUUACAUGGACUUCCUGAUGAUGUCCUACUUACUCUACAUGUGCGACCUUCCCCUGCCGGUGAUUGCGGCUGGAAUGGAUUUUAUGAGUAUGAAGUUUGUUGGUGAGAUGCUGCGUAUGUCAGGGGCUUUUUUCAUCCGUCGGUCGUUUGGAGGUGAUCAACUUUACUGGGCUGUGUUCUCUGAGUAUGUGAAGACCAUGCUGAGGAAUGGAUAUGCCCCAGUUGAGUUCUUCUUGGAAGGAACUAGAAGCAGGACGUGCAAAUCUCUCACACCAAAGACGGGGUUGUUGAAUAUUGUGAUGGAGCCGUUUUUUAAAGGAGAGCUGUUUGAUGUGAACCUGGUUCCUGUCAGCAUCAGCUACGAGAGAAUUCUGGAAGAGUCUCUGUACGCCCGAGAGCUGCUCGGCAUCCCGAAGCCCAAAGAAUCAACCUCAGGUCUGCUGAAGGCCCGGCGGGUCUUGAGUGAGGACUAUGGCAGUAUGCAUGUGUAUUUUGGUCAUCCUGUAUCUCUGCGCAGUCUGGCAGAGGGAAAAAUAAACCGCUCCCAGUACAACCUGCUGCCCAGGUACAUUCCUCAGAAACCCAGGGUAGACACUCAUGAGUUUCUGAACGACGCUGCUUUCCGUCUGGUGCGCAUCCAGGAGGAGAACAUGGUUCUGAAGCCCUGGGUUCUCAUUGCCACACUGCUGCUACAGAACCCUGACGGCCUGGAGCUCUCCUUCCUCACAGAACAAACAGACUGGCUCAGACACCUGGCACUGGCGUUUGGAGCGUUCUUGGACUGGCCCGAUCAUGAGGCCUGCAGUGAAGUCGUCAGCUGUAGUUUAGCUCUACACAGACACCUGUUGAGUGUGUCUGCAGGCCACGUUCAGCUGAACGUCACAGAUACACCGCAGGUCGAGACCACACCAGAGGAAGCCGUGUUUCACCGAGCGGUCGUUGUGCUCUCUUGCGCCUCCUACAGGAACCAGAUCUUACACGUGUUUCUGAGACCUGCUCUCUUAGCGGUGGCCAUGCAAAGCGCAAACUCCAAUAGAAAAGAUGACGUCUACAACUGUUUCAACUUCCUGAGGAACAUGUUCUCCAGUGAAUUUAUUCUUUGCCCUGGGGACUCCGUUCAGGACUUUGAGGAUGCGUGUUAUUUGCUCAUGAAGCGUGGCGUGUUGCAGGUAUUGGAGCAUGAGAUUGUGAUGUCAGCGAGCGGUCACAGCACCCUCGCUUUCCUGUGUUCGGUUCUGGACCCCUUCCUGCAGGGAUACCAGGUGGUGUGUCGCUGUCUGUGUGAGGAGACUAAUGAGAACCUGACCGAGAAGGAGUUUAUUCCUGCUGUGAGGAGUUUUGCACUGAAACUCAUAUUAGCAGGUCGUCUGAAGUGUUGUGAAGCUUUAUCCUCAGACCUGCAGAAGAACGCUCUAGCAGCCCUUCUGAGGCUCAAAGCCGUGAGGAAGGUCAAAGUAGGCGAUCAGGUGACGUUGAAGGUAAACAAGAUUGCAGUGAACUCAUUGGAGGAUACGCUGGGAGGUAAAAUUCCUACCCAGAAGCCCAUCCUUGCUCGACUGUAGUCGCAUACGUACACGUGGGGUCUCUGGAGGGCCAAACUAAACUGCCUUCAUUAGCAUAAUGCCAAAUUUUGCAAGGUGGCAAGGCUUCGCUGACUACAAAGGUUACCUGUCAUCGAGCUUUAAAGGGACGUCACGGGUUUGCCAUCUGGGACGCCCACGCUGUGCUAGAAGCACUCUUUUUAUCUCUCUCCCUCUCCAACAAACUUGACAGCAGGUUGCCAUGUCUCUGAUCGGCCUUCGAUCUUCAGCGUGUCUUUAUCAGACGAGUUUUAAACUGCUCUGAUGUUGCCAAGUAUAUGAAGGCAGUGACACUUUUGAUUUUUUUUUUUCACGUUUGAACAUCCGUUUGCGUGCGUUUUAUCUAUGUCUGCACUAAAGAGCCUUCACUUUGAUUUGAGACACUGUUACGGUUUCACUGGAUUUGUGUUGGGUCCGUUAUCUUUUCUUCGUGACUUGUCUAAAUUGAACGGUUUUCUUUUGCUCUCUAGAUAUGGCCGUCUGUUGCGUUUGCUACAGAUCAAGGUUUUUAGGGAUCAUGUUACAAAAAUAGGUCACUCAAAAGUGGUUUAACUCCUUCAGAGCUAAAGAAAAGAUUGUCUUUUUGUAUCUGCUCUCAUAAAGGAAACUUGUAGUUAAAAGAACAGUUCACUCAAAAAUAACAAUUUGCUGAAAAUG